AUGGCUCUCUCGACGGUUCUCCUCAGCAUCACCACGCUGGUUCUCACAGACUUGCACCUGUCGAGAGCCAGCGACCGGCAUGCGGUGUACUGGAACAGCUCCAACAUACUGCUACGAAGGGAGGGCUUCACGGUGCAGGUCAGCGUUAACGACUACCUGGACAUCUACUGCCCUCACUACAACACCAGCCAGCGAGGGACGCUGGAGCGCGUCACAGCCGAGCAGUACAUCCUCUACAUGGUCAGCUACCGCGGCUACCGCACCUGUGACCCCCAGCUGGGCUUCAAGCGCUGGGAGUGCAACCGGCCCCACGCGCCUCACGCACCCAUCAAGUUCUCUGAGAAGUUCCAGCGCUACAGCGCCUUCUCGCUGGGCUACGAGUUCACCGUGGGCCAGGAGUACUACUACAUCUCCACGCCCACCCACCACCAUGGCCACAGCUGCCUGAGACUGAGGGUCUACGUCUGCUGCUCCACCGUCUCCCAGGCAGAUGACGACUCCAGUCAGACUUCUCCCGACUACACGGUCAGGCCGAACAUCAAAAUACACAACCUCGAUGAAUUCAAUCCUGAAGUUCCCAAGCUGGAGAAAAGUGUCAGCGGCAGCAGCCAAUCACGUGACCGCCUUCUUCUCACGAUGGCGAUGCUGCUCCUGUCGUCGGCGCUCUUGUCCUAG